AAACAAUGUAACCUCAAUUUCCAGUUUGAGUUUGGGUGACAUUUUCAGUUAUUGAAAGUUUUGCGAGUUUUUUUAUUGUUUUGAUAAAUUUUGUGUGAAAUGGACGAAGAUGAUUUAAAGAAAUUAAUUAACCUAAAGACUACAGAUGAUAUAAUUACCAAAUUUUGUAACUGUCACAUUUUAAGAGAUCAUCAAUUCGUCAAAGAUGAUCUUUAUGUUAGAAAUGGCAAAAUUUUGGAUUCACUUGAUCUAUUUUACAAAGAACGUCAUUCUCCACAUUUAGUUGUAGAUUGCAAAGGAAAUUAUAUUGCACCUGGAUUAAUUGAUUUACAAAUAAAUGGUGGAUUUGGUUAUGAUUUUUCAUAUCAUGGACAUACAGAAGAAGCUGUGAAAGUUGUAUCAAAAAAGUUGUUGCAACAUGGUGUAACUGGUUACUGUCCAACAGUGGUAACAUCACCUGCAUAUGUUUACCAUGAUAUUUUGACAAAGAUACCAAAAACCAAGGGGAGCCAAGAUGGUGCAGCUAUUUUAGGGAUUCAUGCUGAAGGACCCUUCAUUAACAAAGAAAAGAAAGGAGCACAUCCUGAAAAAUACAUAUUGCCACAUAAAGGGUCUUUGAAACAAGUCAAAGAAACUUAUGGCGAGGGAUAUGGAAACAUUACCAUUAUUACUCUUGCUCCAGAAUUUAAUAGAUCAGAUGCCAUCAUAAAGAAAUUGAAAAUGGACAAUAAAAUUGUAUCAUUAGGACAUUCCGUGGCAAAUUUGGCUCAAGGCGAAAGUGCUGUUAAAAAUGGCGCAAGUUUUAUUACUCAUCUGUUCAAUGCGAUGUUGCCGUUUCAUCAUCGAGAUCCCGGACUAGUUGGCCUUUUAACAUCCGAUCAAUUUCCUAGUAAAGACUUAUACUUCGGCAUCAUAUCAGACGGAAUACACACGCAUCCUUCGGCUUUAAGGAUAGCUUAUAAGGUACAUCCUGAUGGUUUGGUGUUAGUAACGGAUGCCUUGUCGGCGUUGGGUUUAAAAGAUGGGCGACAUAAAAUCGGACAGAUGGACGUAGAAAUAAGGGGCGGCAUGGCUUUUGUAGCAGGUACUAACACUCUUUGUGGAAGUGUUGCCAGUAUGAUUGAAUGCGUCAGGUUUUUCAUCAAUGCUACAGGUUGCCCAUGGGAAUAUGCGUUAGAAGCAGCCAGUUUACACCCAGCUAAAGUCUUAGGAAUAGACGAUAAAAAAGGACGCCUCAACGCAGGUGCAGAUGCAGAUUUUAUUGUACUAGAUAGUCAUUUGCAAUUACGAUCGACGUGGAUUGCCGGGGAAAAAGUUUACGAUAAUCUACGACCCGAUCACCUGUAAAGAUAUUUUAACAAAUUUAGUGUAUAGGAGUUCAUGAACGUAAACUAUUAAAUGUUGAACGUGUGCCGAAUGUGUUGGUCUAGAAUGUUUAGUUUUACAAUUUUAUAUACAAGGAUAUAGACUGAAAAAAAAUAAAAGUUAUCAUUUUUUCUAUUCUAUUUUGUAAAAGGUGAAUCAUCACGUCAUCGCUUUAUGGUUUUAAAAGAAUUCUUACAACUCUA